AUGUCGACGUGGGGUCAGCAUUUCCGCGUCACCACCUAUGGCGAGUCACACUGCCGCUCUGUCGGCUGCAUUGUCGACGGAUGCCCUCCAGGCAUGCAACUUACCGAGGACGAUAUCCAACCCCAAAUGACCCGUCGCCGCCCCGGCCAGAGUGCCUUGACAACCCCGCGCAAUGAGAAGGACCGCGUCGAGAUCCAGUCCGGCACAGAAUUCGGAGUGACCCUGGGUACACCAAUUGGAAUGAUAGUCCGCAAUGAGGACCAAAGACCAAAGGACUACGGUGGCAGCACAAUGGACCUCUACCCUCGUCCCAGUCAUGCUGAUUUCACCUACCUUGAGAAGUACGGGGUCAAGGCUAGCAGCGGUGGUGGCCGUAGCAGUGCCCGCGAGACCAUUGGCCGUGUUGCAGCUGGCGCUAUCGCAGAGAAGUACCUCAGGUUGGCGCACAACGUCGAGAUUGUCGCCUUUGUCUCCUCUGUGGGCAACGAGCAUCUCUUUCCUCCUACUCCCGAACACCCGACCGCAUCCACCAACCCUGACUACCUGAAACUGCUGGAGACUAUCGACCGCCCCACCGUGGACCAGUAUGCCCCCAUCCGCUGCCCCGACGAGGAGGCCGCCGCGCGCAUGACCAAGGUUGUCGAGAAAUUCCGCGACAACCACGACAGCAUCGGUGGAACCGUGACGUGUGUGAUCCGCAACGUGCCCAUCGGCCUGGGAGAGCCCUGUUUCGACAAGCUCGAGGCAAAGCUGGCCCACGCCAUGCUGAGCAUCCCCGCUACCAAGGGCUUCGAGAUUGGCUCUGGCUUCGGUGGCUGCGAGGUUCCUGGCUCGAUUCACAACGACCCGUUCAUCGCCGCCAGCUCGCCAGAUGGCACCCAGCGACUGACUACCAAAACCAACAACUCGGGUGGUAUCCAGGGCGGUAUCUCCAACGGCGCCUCGAUCUACUUCCGUGUCGCGUUCAAGCCCCCUGCGACUAUCGGCCAAGCACAGACCACUGCUACCUACGCUUUCGAGGAUGGUACGCUUGAAGCUAAGGGUCGCCACGAUCCUUGUGUCGUGCCCCGUGCUGUUCCUAUCGUUGAGGCUAUGUCUUCGCUUGUCAUCAUUGAUGCUCUGAUGGCCCAGAGUGCUCGCGAAUCUGCCAGAAGUCUCCUUCCUCCUUUGGCCACCAACCUGCCGUCGAAGUCUGCUCCCAGCGGUGCUCCUGCUUCGUAA